AUGGCGAUCUCUACCUUUUCUAGUCCCCCCAUCCCAGACCUCACCGAAGUUCUGGAGCGGAUUGGUCUGACGCAGUAUGCUCAGGUACUAUCCAAAAAUGGUUUCCAUAACUGGGAGAGUGUUGCAGACAUUACAGAGGAUGAUCUGACGGCGCUCGAGUUCAAGCUUGGCCAUAGGAGAUUACUACAGCGCGAGAUUGCCACGUACCGUGGGAUUCCUCAAUCACUAUCGCUGGGGCCAGAAGCCAAUUCACCAGAACCCACUUCCUUAUCGACGUCCGCUUUGGAAAGCUUCACGAGACAGACAACAACCCCACCGCCACGAGAGAAGAGGAGGUACAGGCGACAUCCUCGGGCAGAUCCAAACGCGCCAAAGAAGCCAAAAACGGCUUAUGUCAACUUCGCUGACCAGCUCCGCACCGACCCUGAGGUCAGCCAACUGUCCUUUGUGGAUAUAGCUCGAGAGGUCGGCCGAAGAUGGCAGGAGCUCCCUGCAGAGAAGAAGCGGGUAUGGGAGAGCAAUGCCGCCCGAGCUAUGCAAGAAUUUGAAGCCCAGAUGGACGAAUACAAGAAAACAGAUAAUUGGCGGAAGUAUCAAGCUUACUUGAACGACUUCAAGACACAGCAAGCAACCUCAGUCUCCAGCAAACAACGACCGGGGAACAGUCGCUCAACGACAGAUACUUCUAACAAUACUAGACCAUACUCACGUGCCAGCCCAAUCUCCUCAGACAGUCCUGUCUCGCUCCAAUCUUCCAGUGUAUCGGGUGGACUCGAAGCAGAAGCAUGUCAUAACGCAUUGACGCUCGCAUUCAGUGAGUUGGUCACCCUCAGAGGUGAAAUACUCAACGGAGGUGGCGUUCAACAGUUCAAUCAAGGUUUUCUACCUCCUGAAGAUCGUGUUCGACGGUCCAUGUAUGCGUUUGUGAGAGGGACUGGAUCGCUUCUCUUCAUGUGGACUUACGAACAGGUCAACGAGAUACUUGACCGCAUCUACCGACCCCACAAGCCGGUGGAUCAGAUGACGCUCGCUGAGUGUUUUACGGUCGCGGCUAUGGGCGCACAUUACGAUAUUGAUGCCUUCCCGGACCGCAUGCGACGACUGCUAUACGCAUCUGGAACGCUCCAGUUCAAUGAGCAGACUGCGAGACAAGACUACUUCCGUACAAUGCGUCUAUUGCUCUCUCUGUCGUUCUACUCGCUACUUGAGAAGCACAUGAGCGCCAAGUACUUGAUUGCUGCGGGAUUGCAGAUCGCCCGUUGGAAGUGUCCGUCUGCGCAAGCUUGGUCUCGCUCAGCCUCGGACGAGAAUUGGAAGAAGAUCUUCUGUAGCCUCGUGUUCAUGGAUUCCUGGCUCUGUUACACCCUUGGUUAUCCCUCCGAGGUGACAACCAAUGAUGUUCAGAUUGCCUGUGUUGUAAACCAUCCAGAUCAGCUCCCCAUUGACGAGCUCAUACAUAUGCAAAUUAGCAAGAUCAACUUGAUCGCUGCCGAGGUUGCGAAAACAUUGGCCUCUCCUGAAUUGACUACCAAGGGAAACGUCACGAUGCUUGCCGCAAAGUUGGAGAAAUGGCGCGAGGAGAUUCCACACGCGUUACAAAUUCCAACGCUUCUUUCGAGCGAAGCCCAGGAUCUGACAGUCUACCAAAGACGUGCAGUAUUCAUGGUACAUAUCAUGUAUCUUGGUGCACUAGUCUUGUUAUAUCGCCAGCUGCUGGUCGCAUCGGCUGAAGCCCAGCUUAUCGACAGCACGCCAUCUCCUUUGAACAACAUAUCGGUCGAAGAUGUCAGGAGAUAUCGGCAGGAAUGUGCAAUGGCAGCUCAGAACAUUGCUCGCAUGUUGGGACUAAUCUCCUUCGAUGGGACACUGACCAAGCGCUGCUGGAUCAUCAUCUACUGGUCUUUUUCAGCAGCUAUCUGCCUCCUCUUCAGCGCAACUACUAAACUCAUGGAUGGUCAGGUUGACAGUGUUGAGGCAGAUCUUGCGUAUGCGAAAUCGUGUAUGGAAAUGCUCGAGCCGUGCAAGCCAUGCGAACCUGUUGCGGCGCGUUAUCUGGACACCCUCUGGCCGCUGUACGAUCAUUUGCUGGACGUCCAUCGUCGGAUGGUCGGCAGGUCGAAGAGCAGCAUCUUCGCUAUCCUCCAGCCUGACCCGAGCCUUUUGAGCCCACCUGUACCAGUAUCGAAGCAAGAAAUGGGACCAAUUUCCGAGAAGCUUACCAUGCUCCUUACGGACCCUUUUGGAAGAAAACAGGCCACCGACAGCACCCAACGGCGCAUCCUUAGCAACGAUGGAUCAUACUCGGUUUUCUGGUUCAGGUGA